AUGGAGCGCAUCCAUGGGCUCCUGCUGAACCAGGAGGCCUGCAGCCUUCUGGGUGACCACCAAAAGGCAGAGUUCAUCUUUGAGUGGAUGACCAACUUGAAGAAACUGCUGCCUGUUGCUGACAAGGCCGAAAUUAGACAGAACCAGACGCGUCUGGUGGAACAGCUGACAGGGGUUCUGUCGGGUUCACCUGGUCCCCCGACCCGCUGGCUGCUGGCCCACUGCCUGGCCCUGCUGUUCCACCUAGGAGACCCCAUCUCCUCCAGCCUGACGGUGGAGAGAUGCAACGACAUCAUCCGCAGCAAGGACGACUCCCCCUCCAGCCUGCCCACCAGACUGGCAGCCAUAGCCUGUCUAGGAUCCCUGUAUGAGCAGCUGGGUCGUCUGUUAGUUCACUCCUUUAAAGACACUUUGUCCAACCUGCUGAAGGCCAUGAAGAAUGCUGAGUCCCAGGGCCGUGCUGAGAUCAUGCGUAGUUUGGAGAUGAUUCUACGCGGUCUGGGUGUCAGCGCUGUGUCGUGUCAUCGUGACGUCUACAAGGCAGCGCGGGCCUGUCUGACCGAUCGUUCCAUGGUGGUACGCUGCGCUGCUGCCAAGUGUCUAUUAGAACUGCAGAGGGAGGCGGUGUUCCUGUGGACUACCGAGUUGGAGAACGUUGCCACACUCUGCUUCAGGGCCUUCCAAGGCUCCAACUAUGAUGUCAGAGUGGCUGUAGCCAAACUACUGGGGACCCUGCUAGCCACAGCUGUAGAGCCCAGACAUCCUGCUGUUUUAAGAAGGGGGAGGAGCAGAAGCACUCUGGAGCAGGUGAUGGAUUUAUUAUCAGGAGGGUUCCUGCGGGGUGGAGCCGGCUUCCUCAGAGCCAGCGGAGACAUGCUGAAAGGAACAAGCUCCGUCAGCAAGGAGAUCCGGAUCGGGGUCACACAGGCAUGUGUGGUCUUCAUCUCCACCCUGGGAGGCUCCUGGCUGGAGGUGAACCUCCCCACCGUGCUGUCUCUCCUAAUGGAGAUGGUCUCCCAUAGCAGGGCCACCCAGACUCCAGGAGACGCGGCCACAUCGCGCCGUUGCGUUUCCUUCAUCCUGAGGAGCAGCCUGGGCUCUCUGCUGGGGGAGAAGGCUCAGAUCAACGCUGCCCGACAGCUGUGCCAGGUUGUGGGCAUGCAGACCCAAGCCUUGGAUUCGGCGCUGGGUGACGGUAAUGUGGAGACCAGAGCCUUGGCCACAGACGUGUCAGCCAGUCAGCAUGUGCUGGUCUGCUGUCUGCUGGAACUGGGAUGCCUCAUCCAGGAGCUGGGUUCCAUGGCAGCCUCUCUCAUCUCUGAUACUAGUACAGCUCUUGCAGACACGGUGAUCUCAGUCCUCCUCCACCCCAUGGCCCCUGCCCGGCUGGCUGCCGCGUGGUGCCUGCGCUGCAUUGUGAUGGCCAUGCCUUCCCAGGGUUCUUUGCUGCUGAAUCGUUGCGCUGAGCGCCUAGUGGCGCUGAAGUCUUCUCCUGAGGCUGUAGCUGGCUACAGCGGAGCUGUCGCCGCCCUAGUGGCUGGAAUACAGCACUGCCCUUUGGGGAUACCACACACCAAGGGAAAGAUGGUGUUGGACCUGGCUGAAGAUCUGCUGCGUUCAGCCUCUCAGAACAGUCGGAUCUCGGUCCAGAGGACUCAGGCUGGUUGGCUGCUCAUCUCUGCUCUCAUCACUCUGGGCUCGGCUGUGAUAAAACACCACCUGUCCAGGCUGCUUCUCCUGUGGAGGUGUGUGUUUCCUCCAUCCCUUAGGGAGCUGGAGAUGGAGCUCCGCAGGGGGGACUACUUCACGUGGCAGGUUACAUUGGAGGGCCGUGCCGGCGCGCUCUGCGCCAUCAGGAGCCUCCUGCUGCACUGCAGGGACCUCCUCACAGAUGACAUCAUCAGCAGGCUGCUGACACCAUUGUCCUGUGCUGUGACGCUGCUCAACAAGCUGCCCUCUCUGAUCAGGUCUUAUGGGAACCCUCUUCGAAGCUCCUCUGUGGUCUUCAGACUGAGGCUUUACCAGGUCCUGAUCCAGUUAUCCCCACACACAUACCAAGAGAGCUUUGGCGUUGUGAUGAAACAGUUGGUUUGUGAUCUGUGUGAUCAGGACAAUCUGAACCAGCAGUGUUCUGAGCAGACGCUGCUCCCUGCUCUCUGUCAUCAAGAUGACCUGCCGCUGGUUGGCCCCGCCCUCUGUGACAUAAACUGCGGAUACAUCGAGGAACAGGUGAGACUCCAUGGCAGCAGUGUAGGAGGCAGUAGCCUUGACAAUGAUCCCUUCACCCUCUGUGAGAGGGGUCACGAUGCCCCAGCCCCCCUCCCUCCUCCAGUGGCUCUGACCGCUGCUGCUGUCCAGCUGUUUGGAGCCCUUCUGCCCCACGUCAUCUCUGCUCAGAGGGUCAGGAUCUUGGAGCAGUUUGUGGAGACGGUGAACCAAUUAAAGGGCCAACGCCAGCUAACUGUCCAGACUCAAGUCUGUGCUGCCCUCUGCAGCCUGCUCAAGCUGCUAGGCAGUACCCGGGGCAGUCUGGGGCCUGAGGAGGUGCGUGCUCCAGCGCUGGUGCUGCUGUCGGGGGCGGUGGAGAGCAACAGUCCCCUGCUCCGCUGCAUGGCUGCUGAGGGCAUCGCCCGCCUGGUCCAGGCAGUCAACAACCCUGGAUUCACCGUCUCGGUCUCCCUGCACUGCUUUGAUAAGCUGAAGACAGCGAGGGAUGCCGUGACACGGAGCGGCCAUGCCUUGGCUCUGGGGGCGCUGUAUCGCUAUGUCGGCGGGAUCAGUUCCGCUCAGCACCUGUCCACCUGCCUGGGGGUCCUCUUCACCCUGGCCCAGGACAGCACCUCACCUGAGGUCCAGACGUGGUCUGUGCAUGCUCUGUCUGUGGUGGUGGACCUUUCAGGGGGUCUGUACCGUUCCCAUGCCGAGCCGUCCUUCUCACUGGCCCUCCGCCUGCUCCUCUCCACCCCCCACACACACCCCGAGGUCCAUCACAGCCUGGGACGCUGCCUCCAUGCCCUCAUCACGUGCUUGGGGCCCGACUUACAAGGUCAGUCUAGUUCUGCAGUCUCAUCCCUGCGGUCCAGUUGUCUGGUGGGUUGUGGAGUGAUGCAGACCAGUCCAGACUGCCUGGUUCAGGCUAAAGCAAUUUCCUGCUUACAACAACUUCAUAUGUUCUCUCCAUCACACGUCAACCUGGCCAGCCUCGUACCUGCUCUCUGUGUGAACCUAUGCAGUUCCUACCAACGUGUGCGUUGUGCGGUGGUGGCGUGCUUGAGACAGCUUGUCCAGCGGGAGGCGCUAGAGGUGUGUGAGCACGCCGUGGCCCUGGUCAAAGAGCUCCAACAAACAUACACUCAUUCUGUCUCUCUUUCAUCCUCCAAUCCUCCAGACAUUACUAUAAAGGAGGUGGGUCUGGAAGGAGCUCUGUUCACCCUGUUGGACCGGGAGUCAGACCCAGGUCUGAGGAAGGACAUCCAGGAGACUCUGGUCCACAUGAUGGUGUCUGGUGCCACCUCUGGCAAACUGGCCCACUUGCUUAAACUCUGCAAGGAUGUCCUGUCGGCCUCAACUAGUGGGUUUACUGGAGUUGGUGUUGUCCAGUAGUUUCAGGAAGGGGAGGGCGAGAGGGAUGAUGACUCCUCAGUCUUCAAGUGUCAAACACACGGGAGCGGGCCGUUCACGGCACUGCGCUGGGCCACGCGUUGCUUUGCCAUGGAGUGUGUGUGUCGCCUGAUAGAGCAGUGUGAGAACGCAGAGCCCGCCCACUUUGACAUGAGCCUGGCACAGGAGCUACGACUGCACGAGUCCACCGACUUCCUGGUCCUCCAUCUUGGGGAUCUGGUGCGCAUGGCUUUCAUGGCGGCUACAGACCAGAGUGACCAGCUGCGUCUGGCCGGUCUGCAGGCGCUGCUGGUCAUCAUCAAAAAGUUCUCAUCCAUUCCAGAACCAGAGUUUCCUGGUCACGUGAUUCUGGAGCAGUACCAGGCUAAUGUGGGAGCUGCUCUCAGACCAGCUUUUACAGCUGACGCUCCACCUGACGUCACAGCCAAAGCCUGCCAGGUGUGCAGUGCCUGGAUCGCCAGCGGGGUGGUCAGUGACCUCCGUGACCUCAGACGUGUGCACCAGCUCCUGGCCUCCUCAUUGGCUAAGGUCCAGGGUGGGAGGGACACACCCAGCCUGCUCUACAACGAGGCCGCCGCCACCAUGGAAACACUGGCAGUGUUAAAGGCCUGGGCUGAGGUGUACAUCGUAGCUGUACAGAGGAGCACGCAGAGUGAAGGCUCUGGUAGUUCGGUCGACCCGGCAGACUCUGCUGUGACUAAUGAGGACUCGGGAUCUGGAUCAGGAGGGUCGGGGCUGCUGAAGCUGGUCCAAUCCGAUCUGUCGACGCUGAGCCGUCUGUGGUUGGCUGCCCUGCAGGACUACGCUCUGUUGACUCUCCCACAGCAGUACACAUCCCAGCUACCCGCUACAGGUGGUUCAUUCUACACAGCAGAAACAGUAGAUCAGGCCAGAGGACACUACUCAUCUUCCUGGGCUCCAAUCCUCCAGGCCACGGCCCUCUGGCUCCACAGCACCGGUUUUGUGAUGACAGAGGAGGAGGGGCCAGCCAGCCUGUCCCGGCCAGCAACGCCCACUUCCAUGGGACAGUCAGGCUCGGUGGGCGGAGCCAAGAGUCCAGAAGACAUCAGCACCGACCGGCUGCAUCUCAUACUGGGUAUCAGUGUGGAGUUCCUGUGUUGUCCCCACUCUGAGGACCAGAUUGAGAACAUCACUUCCUGUCUACGGGCUCUGCAGGCACUGCUGUCGGUCUCCUGGCCCCGGGCCAAGGUUGGAAACGACCAGGUUCUGAGUGUUGAGCUGCUCAGCGUCCUCCACAGGUUGAUGGUGACCCGGGAGGCGCCUGUAGUCCAACUGGCCGUGUUGGACCUGGUCACACAGAUUGUGACCGCAGCCCAGGAACACGUCAAGGAGAGACGACACAGUGCGGAAGUGGACGAUGGCGCAGCGGAGAAGGAGACGUUUCCCGAGUUUGGUGAAGGUUGGGACACCGGUGGUUUGAUCCCGGGUCGCUCGCUGGUGUUCGGGGCGUUGGAGCUCUGCCUCUGUGUUUUGCUACGGAAACUUCCACAACUCAGCCCCAAACUGUCUGGAACCAGUCUGUCAGGUGUGGGCAGUUCUGUGUCAACCCUCAGUGACAGCGACUGUCAACUGGUAACAUCAGCCGUGGGCAUCUUGUCGGAUCUUCCCUCCAUCUGCUCUCCUGAGGGAAGUGUCUCCAUCCUGCCCUCCAUCCUCUACCUGCUGCUGGGAGUCCUCAGAGAGCUGGGUGUUCAGCUCCAGGGCGGGACCGGUCUCAGUCAGGUGGUCCAGGGAGCCCUGCAGGCUCUGAAGGCUGUCCUCUCCUCUCCAAUGACGAGACAGGAGAAGAGCAGAGGAGCGUGGAACCAACUGCUACGCUCCGCUUUAAAGACACUUCUGAGCUACUGGGACACUGGUACACACACACACACACAGGUAGAUGAGGUGAGUCUGCUGACAGCGCUGACCAUCUUCUUGUUGUCCAGUAGUCCUGAGGUCACCUCCCCACCGCAGCUGCACUCACAGUGUCUACAACGCUUCUCCACCAGCAUGGACUCCAAGAACCCUCUUGUGGUCAGUCGGUGUUUCCAGCUGUUGACCUCGGUGUUUCAGGCCCAGCCUUCAAUUGCAGUCCCAUACAUCCAGGCUUUGGGCCCAACGCUGGUCCGGUACCUACAGGCAAUGGAGAGGAGCCGGCCUCAGAGCCCAGAGGAGCUGCAGGGUAUGCUGGAGGCUCUUCGGGCCGUGGAGGCUCUGGUCCAGGCUGCUGAUGACACACACCGGGCCCAGCUGGUGGCCGUCUUUCUCCCCAUCCUCAUCUCCUUCUUAUUAGACGAAAACGCUCUUGGCUCUGCCCCUGCACCCUCCCGCUCCCUCCAUGAGGGGGUGCUGAAGGAGCUGAUGCGUCUGGGUCCCAAACACCCGGCUGUCUUCAGGUCUCUCAUGGCCUCCUCGCCCCAUCUGAAGGCCCGCCUGGAGGCAGCUGUGAAGGGGAACCAGGAGAGUCUGAAUGCUAAAGCAAACAGCGCCAGUCCCGCCCGCGGCUCUGCCAAAACCUCCCCGAGCAUCACGCUGAAAACCAACUUCUUAUGAGACGAAGACAGGAAGUUACUUUCCACCGCUCCAGAUCAUGCAGACGCCCCCUCCCAAACAUGCACACGUUAUAUACACAGUUUA